ACAGGUAGAAGCAGAGGAAGACAUUAAUUAAAGUAGAAAGCUACAAUGGUAAGCUCUGACAGUUUAAUUUAGGUUGUUUUGCUUGUAUUUCUUCUGAUUGGUUGCAAGUGUUUUUAUCAUUAAUGUUAGUUAAGCUGAUGUUUCAGUUUUCCUCAUUUGCUCUGGUUGGGACGACCUGUUUCGUGAGAGUCUGAAAAGCAGACAACAUGGUGGAUUCUACCACUGAUGUUCGUCCCUCGACUUUGGAGUCCAGUCUGAACAACAACAUCCAGGCUCUCCUCAAAGAGACGGGCGGACAAAAUGCUUUUCAGAAAGGGAUGCUGCGAUGGAGUCUUCAGAGGAAGCUGGAGGCCGAUCCCUCCUGCAGCGUUUCAUUGAUCAGACUGCUGGUCAAAGAGCUGAAAAAGAGGCAGGAGAUGAUCCAAAAAACACAAUCCUUCACACAUGUGAUCCCAGUGCUGCACAUGCUCUACUCUGUGGUUAUUAAGUCAGGUGUCAUGAUUCCUACCAGCCUUUUCCAGACAGUGUAUGACCGUUUGAUGAAAUUGCUGAUAUUACCGUCGCCUUACUCCACUGUGGCCCACAGCACUAUGAGGAGCAUCAAAAUGGAAAUGACCACACCAGGUUCCUUAUAUCUAAGGACAGUCACUGCAGAGCAGAACUUGAGGAAGGAGCAUCACGCCUUGCAGGAAAAGGUGUUUGUGCUCGCUGACCCGGCUGUGUUUUCUGCUCCACUGGAGGCAGCAGUAAGAGCACAUUUGGAGGCGUCCAACUUUCUCAAAGACGCACCAACCAUGGAGAGAAAUGUGUUGCAACGUGUGCUGCAGACGGGGCUGGGAAUUAACUGUCAGAGCUCCAGACUGGCUCAAGCUCUGGAGGCUUUAGAGGAACCCAUGGUAGAGAAACAUUUCCAGGAAGUGAUUCUGGCCGUGGAGAAGAGUUUGAAGCAAGGUGCAGAGGGUCGUGCAAACUAUCUGAACAAACUACAACACAUUUACAGAGACAUCUUGAGUGCCUCUAAAGAAGAUGGACCCAGACUAGAUCCUGGUUCUGUGCGCAGCACUGCAAUGCCUUUCCCAGGGAUCAACUUCCUCUUGUGGAGAGAAGAAGAGGAUCUAUGGAAUCUGCUGGCAAACUUCGCCUGCUCUAACUCAGCCAGUGUUGAUGAAGAGGAGAAGGACAAAAGGGAUUCAGUCCAGUCUAGAGACAGUGGCAUAGUGAGAGAUCGGAACGACUGUGACGACGCAGUGACAUCUCCGGUCAGAAAUCAUGCACCGGCAAUCUCACGAAGAAAUGGCUAUAAGAACUCAAGCUUAGCAGAUAAACUGAGUCUCGUGAUGAAGAAGAUGGAAGCAUGUCCUGGAAGUUCUCCUCUCCUCGAUGAAAACAGAGGUCAUCACACAGCCAGGGUCGUGGUACUGGGAGACAACCGUGUGCUUGGAAGACUUUCCAGGGCUUAUCACUCGAUCCGAAAAAGAGAGUCAAAACAUCUAAUUUUGACCAAUAAACUGAACAUACGGUUGUACUACAUCCCAGUCACUGAUGGGGAUCCUUCGCUCAGUUCAACUGGAAGCCCAUGUCAGGAUGGAGGCACAUUGUCUCUUUCUUCUUUAUUGGGAAGAGUAGAUCCAUGUUACAACAACAACAUCAACAGUCUGGGAGCUGCAAUCUCCAAACUGACUGGAAAGCAGGCUAACAAAAGCGAGUCACCGGUGCAAAACCACUACUUACUGGACACGCUGUGUUACUACCUUCGCUGUGGGACGCAGCCAGUCAACGUGCCGCUCUAUUCAGUGAAGAUAACCCGCUCCAGCUCUGAAGGGCAAUCUGUGGUGGAGGAGAUGUUUGUGUCCCAUCUGGAGGCCGACAUCCCAGAGUUCAGACACCUCAAAGAAAAGUUAUCAAAGAGGACGUCUGUAUGGCCAAAGAAGCCAACAAAAGUCCUCGGAGCAGUCAUCUCUGUCAGCUACACAAAGAUCUCUCUAAGCAGACGACAGGUUGUAGAUGGAGAGGCGACCAUGAUCUAUGGCGUGGCGGUUACAUCAGAGCCGGCAGCUUUAACAUCAGGUGUAAAUCGACUUGAUGUCAUGUUUGACAGUCUGAACCCGGUGUACAACUCAACGAUCAAAACCCAGAGCAUCACCAUCCGGACGCUGGAGCAUCGAACGCUCUCUGUGUGUUUGGACAAAGACUCCUGCAGGACAUACACUGACGUUCAAAGGCUAGAUAUCACUCCCUGUUUGGACCCAGGAUGUGACAUCGGCUCCCGAAGAUCUUUAGUUCCAAUUGUGGACUUUAGCAAAUAUCUGGACAAAGCCCUCUCGCUGCCCAUCCAAACGUUCACAGGUGUGACCGUCUGAGGACCGUCAGCUGUGUGCAGAAAACGCUGUAGAUAAUGCUCUUGUUGCACAAAAUAGUGGGUUACUAAGUGUAAAUUAAUCCAAUGUUUAUGCUAAUUGUAAAUGCUAAAAAUGGGAGCUUAAAUCAAAGCAUUACCAACAUUUUUCUAUCUUAUUUGACAAAAAACCUUUGUUAUUGUAAUUUUAAUCCCUUAAAAUACAUUUUUUAUUAUCACACUUAUUUAAAAUAUGAAAAUAAUGCUAAAGCAAUGUAUAAGAGUUGCUUUCAAUGCAGUCGGACUACCACUUGGAAAUGUCCGUUUUUGUUUAUUCCAGCUAAUUGUGUGGCAUGUUCAUCAAUAUAUAGCAACUGGAAGUUAGUAAUCAUUAAUUGACGGUCCAUUGUGUGAACUGAUAGUGACUUGAUCAUUUGUUUUAAUGGUGGAGUUCAUAAUUAAUCUCGUAUUAAAUCUUUAUAUAACUUAAUUUACUUUAGUACGGUUUAAGGUUUAGUUAAAGGUACUUUAAGUUUGUGUUUCCGUUUAAACUGGUAACAAAAUAAAGUGUUAUUCUGGGAAAAUAAUGUUGAGUUUCUAAAUUCCUCAAUGUGAAUGUUAUGUAAAAGAAACGUGUCAUAAAGUAAAAUGCUGUAAAUUAAAUAACCUAUGACUAAAUAUUUUA